AUGCAGGGCUCGGCGCGGAGGCGGCAGUUCCCGCCGGCGGCCCCGGGCUCCCAGCAGCCGGGCGGGUCCUUCUACCAGGGCAGGCAUGGGUCAGCCAAGAAUGAAGAUACGUUUAAGACUUCUCAGUUUCAUUUUGACCUGUGGUUCUACUUCACUCUACAGAACUGGGUGUUGGACUUCGGCCGUCCAAUAGCUAUGAUUAUUCUACCUUUAGAGUGGUUUCCAUUAAACAAACCUAGUGCAGGAGAUUAUUUCCAUAUGGCUUACAAUGUUAUUACACCAUUUCUUCUUUUAAAGCUUAUUGAAAGGUCCCCUAAGACUCUGCCCAGAUCAGUGGUCUACGUCAGCAUCAUCGUGUUCGUCAUGGGAGCGAGCAUCCAUUUGGUGGGCGACUCCGUCAACCACCGUUUGAUUUUCAGCGGGUACCAGCACCAUCUGUCCGUAAGAGAGAACCCAAUCAUCAAAAACCUCAAGCCGGAGACGCUGAUUGAUUCUUUUGAGCUGCUGUACUACUACGAUGAAUACUUAGGGCAUUCAAUGUGGUAUAUUCCUUUCUUUCUCAUACUCUUUAUAUAUUUUACCGGCUGCUUCACACCCAUUCAAGAAGAGAGCAGAAUGCCAUUAGCCGCCUUGCUCCUUACGGGGCCAAGCAGCCUUUAUUACUGGUAUCUUGUGACAGAAGGUCAGAUUUUCAUCCUCUACAUUUUUACGUUCUUUGCCAUGAUGGCUUUAGUCAUGCACCAGAAACGGAAAGGCCUGGUCUUGGACAGCAAUGGACUCUUCCUCUUCUACUCUUUCAUUAUUACAUUGGUCUUAAUUGGCGCUUGGGUGGUUUGGCUGUGGAAUGACAAAAUCCUCAGGAAGAAGUAUCCUGGCGUCAUUUACAUUCCAGAGCCCUGGGCCUUUUAUACCUUACACUUGAGCAAUCUCCAUUCGGCAAAGGAAGGUUUUUAA